UAAAAUAAAAAAGCAAAAUCCACUUUUGUGUUUUCCUUUUCGUUUACGACCAAAGAGAUCCACUUUAUGCUCUCUUCAUUUUCUCCAUGUAAUAAUUUUUCUCGAGAGAUUUCUGAAAAUAAAGUCGUUUCUUUUUUUUUUUGCCUUGGUCACUCAAGACUCUCUUCUUCACUCUCUGUUUUUUGUCCUCUUCUAAAAUUUAGAGAAAAAAACGAAAGUUUUCACCAAAAACAGAGGAGGAGCUAUGUCAUCGUCGACGAUGUACAGAGGAGUUAAUAUGUUUUCACCGGCAAACACAAACUGGAUUUUUCAAGAAGUCAGAGAAGCCACGUGGACGGCGGAGGAGAACAAACGGUUCGAGAAAGCUCUCGCUUAUCUGGACGACAAAGACAAUCUUGAGAGCUGGUCCAAGAUCGCAGAUUUGAUUCCCGGCAAAACAGUAGCUGACGUCAUUAAACGAUACAAGGAGCUAGAGGAUGAUGUCAGCGACAUCGAAGCCGGACUUAUCCCCAUUCCGGGAUACGGCGGCGACGCCUCCUCCGCUGCAAACAGUGACUAUUUCUUUGGUCUAGAAAACUCCAGCUACGGUUAUGAUUACGUCGUUGGAGGAAAGAGGAGUUCGCCGGCGAUGACUGAUUGUUUUAGGUCUCCGAUGCCGGAAAAGGAGAGGAAGAAAGGAGUUCCGUGGACCGAGGACGAACACCUACGAUUUCUGAUGGGUUUGAAGAAAUAUGGAAAAGGAGAUUGGAGAAACAUAGCAAAAAGCUUUGUGACGACUCGAACGCCGACGCAAGUCGCUUCACACGCUCAGAAAUAUUUUCUUCGACAACUCACAGAUGGUAAAGACAAAAGACGAUCAAGUAUUCACGAUAUCACCACUGUUAACAUCCCUGACGCAGACGCAUCCGCAACCGCCACGACCGCUGACGUAGCACUCUCUCCUACUCCAGCCAAUUCUUUUGACGUUUUCCUUCAGCCAAAUCCUCAUUACAGUUUCGCGUCUGCGUCUGCGUCUAGCUAUUAUAAUGCGUUUCCGCAGUGGAGUUAAAUCACUUAGAAAUUAUCUAGAGUUUGUGGUCUCCUAUAGAUUUGUUACAUACAUUUUCUACGUACAUAUUACUGCAGAAUUGUUGUAAAUAUUUGUAUGAAAAGGUUUGUGUGAUUCUGCUGUCCAUAUAUUAGGUCUGGUUGGUUGUAAUUUUCAGUGUUCCGAGUUUUAUAAUACCAAUAUAUGAUAUAUAUAUAUGAUAUAUAUAUAUAUAUAUAUAUAUGUGUGACUUUACAUACUAUAUUCUUU